AAUAAGACAAAAGACAAUGGGAAAGCAAGAUUGGAUUUAGCCAUUUAUUAUGACCGAAGAAAACUGCACAUGGGAUAUAAUACACAUGGUAAGCUUGUGAAACCUAAUGCUAGUUAUGCACUGACAUUUGAAAAACAAAAGCUUCUAUGUGCAUGGCUAAAACAGUUGCGCUUUCCAGAUGGGUUUGCUUCCAACAUAUCAAGAUGCGUCAACUUGAAUGAGUCCAGGUUAUUUGGGAUGAAAAGUCAUGAUUGUCAUGUUUUUAUGCAACGACUAAUUCCAGUUGCUUUUCGUGGUUUAUUUCCAUCUGCUAUUUGGGGUCCUUUGACCGACAUUAGUAACUUCUUUCAUUCACUUUGUUUCACGGUCAUUAAAGUUACUAAGAUGCAGAAGUGGGAGGCAAAGAUUGUUGAAAUAAUUUGAACCACCAUUAAUUCUGCAGAUGAAAUUGAUUAUUAUGGUGUCUUAAAAGAGGUGAUCGAGUUAUUGUAUUAUGGACACUCAGGCCAUCAAGAGACUAUAAUAUUGUUUAAUUGUGAUUGGUAUGACACGAACCGAGGAAUACGUGUCAAUGUUGAACACGAAAUUGUUGAUGUCAAUCCAAGGUUUAAACUUUCAACGGGGGAGCCAUUUUGCCUUGCUAGUCAAGCACAACAAGUCUAUUAUACUCCAUAUCCAGCAGCCACGGAUAGAACUACCCGAGGAUGGUUGGCAGCAUGUAAAAUCAAAUCUAGACAUCUAAUUAAGACCUCAUCUACCUCAUCUUCAGAAGAGGUUGAUGAUAUGUUUCAAGAUGAUGACCCCUUCAUAAUGCAAGGCUCUUCAUUAGCUAUAGAUUUAACUGCAUACCAAUCACUUCAACUAUGUGCAGAAGGUGUUACAGAAGUUGAGAUUGAUGCUAAUACAUCUGAAGAAGAGGAGGACUAUGGAGAAGAAAAAGAUUCAGAAUCCUCAGGAAAUAGUGAUAAUGUUGAGGAUGGUGAUGAUAGCGAUGAUAGUUCAGCAAGGAGGAGAUCUUCCUCCUCAAGAUCACAAGAGCAACACAAUUUUAAUCACCCACAACUGUUUACUGAUAGUAACGUAGCUCCGAAUAUACAGCAAAUGAUUGAUCCAUUAAUGAAUUAUAAUUUUGCACCUAAUCAUGAGAACGAGGGCCCUUCAUCCUUGACGGGGAAAAAAGGACGGAGCAAGAAUUUCAAAGGAAUACGCCCUCUAGAAAAUAGAGAAAGCAAGAAAUGGGUUAAACUCACUGAUGAUAAGCUCCAAUUUGCUAAUCCAAACAUCCCUUGGGCUAUCACUUCACUAUGGAAGUCACGUUUUGAUGGCUCGUAUUUCACAUACGAGCGUGUCCCCCAAAGCAAGAUUGCUAAAAUUUAUAAUUGUUUCAAGACACUUUACCUGUGGGAUCCUGCAGAUAAUCGCCAUGUGCGAGAUGCAUUCCUAAAUUGUAUGAAGCAUAGAUGGAGUGACAAUCUCAGGGAUGAGAAGUUGAAAUGGGACAAGAACUCAGCAUAUGUCCCAUGUUGGAUCCCAACUCAUAUAUGGCCUCAACUGCUGACAUAUUGGGACUCUGAUGAAUAUAAGAGGCUUAGUGCAAGGGGAGCAAAGAAUAUGAGCUCUGGGGAAAGGGUGACUCACACCACUGGGUCCAUUAACUUUGGCAUCCAUGAGAUGCGGAUAACUGAGUCUAGAGGUGGUGUGCAACCUCCCCAUCAGGAGAAAUUUAAGGAGACGCACACCUUCAGAAAAAAGACAGGAAAGGAUCAAGAGUCAGCAUGGAUCAAUGAAAAAGCAAAGUAUCGAUAUGAUAUUUAUGUUGCGGAGUGCACAGAGAGUCAUGGCUCUGAUGCUAGUUCGUGGCCACGCAUGGAUAACGAGGCAUGGGUUAAGGCUAUUGGAGGUUGCUCAUCUAAUUUCAUGCCAGGGAUUGGCUCCCAAGUAAAUCCAGAGAUGGUUGGUUUUACUUACAGGAAAAGACAACCUCAAGAAAACUUAAUAGCAGCACUGAUGGCGUCUAACUAUGAGGAGACACAGGCAAAAGAUCAUGAGGAGUUAGAAAGACAACGACAACAAAUUGCUUUGAUGCAACAGCAGCUGGCCAAUAUGAUAGAAGCUCAGAAUAAUAUGAGCCAGACAAUUGCACAGUCUGUUGCAGCAGCUCUAGCCGCUCAUGGCAUCUCCCUUCAGGUAGGUCAUCAUCCAGUUGCCCCACCACAACCGUCACAUGGUCCUGGCUCAGGGUUAAUUACCAACAUGAUUCUCGUCGGUAACUAAGAAAACAAAAAUAAAAAAUGGUGCCUAAACAAAUUGGUGCCUAAAAUUUUGGAGAUGAUUUUGAACCUGCAACGAAGAUCUUUGUGUAGUUCAGACGUGGUUUUUGUCGGUGAUUUACUAACAUGGCCCAAAUUGCGAAGCAUUUUUCCUGCAUUGUCAGACGUGAUGUUCGUCGGUGAUUAGCACAGGGCUCGAGGCUCCUCUAUAUGUGCAGACGUUAUGCUUAUCGAUAAUUUACCGACGUGGGAACCAGAGAUGUUUUCCGGUGGACUAUUCUGGCUCCCUCUUUGCAAGAUGUUCUUUGUCGGUAAUUAUGAGUGCGUUUACCGACGUGAUUUUCAUCUACGUCGGUGAUUGAAUUACCGAGCUCGGUUUCACCGAGAAACCCAUUACCGCGUGAUUCAAGUGGGCAUUUUCUUUCACCGACCAGAUUCCCUCUUUUUCUGACAUGGUUUCUCGUCUGUGAUACAGUGAAUUCUUGUAGU